ACACAGUGCGUGGAUGCUGUAGCCACAGUUCCCCUUCAACAAAGGGUCCCCUAGCUAAUGGUGUCCAUCCUUGGCACCCCCCUGGAGAGAUCCUAUGGAGGGGAUGAGAUCAUUAAAGCAUGACACGGGCUCAAGGCCGGACCUAUCAUUUCAAAUCAGCAUUUAGCCCACCCACCCCCACCCCCGACCCCCCCUUGAGUCUCAACCUAAGCUGACCCCACCUUCGCGAGCUGCCCUCUACAGAUUUAGAUGAACACAGACAGCUUUUGAAGGUUGGCUGGGUUACUCGCAUCGUGUUGAUUCAACUUCACAACUUCCUAAUUGGCACCUUGGUUUUGGUCCUUGCUGAGAUCAGUAUAUAUUUUUUUUUUUCCCCUCAACCUGUUCUUCUCGAGCUCCUCCAAAUGUGUCGAGCCUGCAUUUUUCACAAGGCUGUUUGCUCUAUCUGUCCCUCUGUCUCUCUCUCUCUGGUUUCCUUUUCUUAUCACCCUCUCUUUCUCUUGCUCUCUUUCUCUCUGUCCGUCUCUCUCACCGUCCCCUCCUUCCCUUUCUCUGGGUGACCACACUCAGCGAUUUCUAUUUCCUGUGGGUGUGAUGUCUCUCCUCCACAAGCAAUCAGCUCUGAUUUGUCAGCGUUCUUCCAGGCGAUUCAUAAAAAUUCAGCAAACACCUACAAAAGACAUCUGUGUCCCUGCGCUUGCUCUCUACCUUUACUGCCCCUGUGCUCCAAGCUGCAUCUUUCACCUGCUGCUCCUUUUUGAUAGGCACACACAAAACACCCGAAAUCAUUAAUAGGAGGUAAUACAUGUGUGCAAGGAAGACACUGGUGUCUGCUGCCCUUGUGUGCAACUGUUGAGAGGGUGAACUUGUCAUAUACAAGGGCAUCCUGUUGCAAAUCAGUGCAGCAAUUGUGAAAUUUCCCUGUAACCUUUUGUUUUUUUAUUAUUUGGUGGGAAAAUUACAGGUGUGUUUUUCCCUUUCUUUUCCUCUCUGUGCAUUUGUGUGAGCGGGCCUCUUUGUCUCUGUGAGGUAUGACAUGCCUGGUGGUGGAAGGGAGCAGCUGUGCGUUGGACCUUGUCUGUGUUGUGCUGCCAUGCCCUGUCAUUGGUAGCCGUCUGUUGGCAGCAGCCUGUGCUGAAGGGUUGCAGCCUGAGCGCAGAUCUUCCACGGUGUCAUAUGACCAACCAGCAGUACAGGUGGACUCGGCUCUUGUGGCAUGACUACCACAAACAAGGGAAACAAGGCCUUGAAGGUGAAGCGGGAGCCAGGAGAAAAUGGCACCAGCCUGACAGACGAUGAGCUGGUGACAAUGUCAGUGAGGGAGCUGAACCAGCAUCUACGGGGCCUGACGAAGGAGGAAAUCCUUCAACUGAAGCAGCGGCGACGUACCCUCAAGAACCGGGGCUACGCUGCCAGCUGCCGAGUGAAGCGUGUCACCCAGAAAGAGGAGCUGGAGAAGCAAAAGGCUCAGCUGCAGCAGGAAGUGGACAAGCUGGCUACAGAGAAUGCCAGCAUGAAGGUGGAGCUGGAUGCUCUGCGUUCAAAGUAUGAAGCCCUGCAGAGCUUUGCCAGGACUGUGGCCCGCAGCCCCGUCACCUCAGCCCGGGGGCCUAUGGCCUCUGUCAUAGGGCCCCUCAUCCCUGGUAAAGUAGGUGCCACCAGCGUCAUCACCAUCGUCAAAUCCAAAACGGAGGCUAGAUCGUAGUAGCAGAAAGGGGCGGGAGCAAGAUGUUCAAGACUAAACUCUAGUCAGUGCAUUGUAACACGCCGCAGGUUUGCCUGUGUAAGUUCUCAGUUUUAACCCCCAUCACUAACACUAACAACAUGCUUCCCCACAUGCAUUCUUUAAAAGUAUGACUCAGCAAUCUGUCUGUGUGACAUUGUGUGCAUUACAAUGACUCGCGAUUUGAGAGAUCACUGAUUGAAAGAUGGCGACAUUUUGACAAUACCGAAACAUUUCAAGAGAUUGUUGUGGUUACUCGGAGGCAAUACUGGGUGGUAAAAGUACAGCGUGGCAUCAAAUUUGUUGCUAACAGCCUGUUAGGUUUUUUUUUUUUUUUUUUUUUUUUGAUUGAGGUACAGCAUAUGAUGUGCCUCUUUGCUUAAUACUGAACUCUUAUUUUUUCGUCUCAAGAAUUAGCAUUUGUAGGGUUGCGCAACCAGUAAAAUAAUAAAUUAAAGAUGUUACCUCUCGCCCGUUCCACAACUUGAAAUGAGAGCAAGCUCAAAUUGUGAGCCCCUGUGCUUGUUAUUAUGCACUGACUUAAAUUGGGAUGAAUAACAAACUCUUGGCGUGGAUGCUACAGAUGUCUUCAAAACAGCCUGAAAAACCCAAAACUAGUAAAUUAGUCCAAUUUGUGAUUUUGUUGCUCGCCUGUCAAGAAUACACGCAUGAAAUAAUGCUGCAAAAUCUAGCAUUCAUUUCUGUUUACGCGUCCGUGACAGGCUUUAAUGAACUCGUCAUCAUAGAUAUGACUGGUAGAUGCAAUAAUAUAUGUAUGCACUGAAAAUACAAAGAGGUCUUGCAUAUUUAUGGUUAAGUGGAGAUGUUAAAAAUGAUCAGCAGUUCUUAAUGAUAUUGUUUCAGAGCUGAGUGCCAUUCCAAUAUGACAAGAUUCUUCUACAAUAUCUGAAAACCUGAAUGUUAUAACAGUAAUAUCCUCGUGUUUUGUGGGGACAGUGAAAUCCACAAACCUUUUGAAACAUGAUUUUUGCUCAUAGAGAAGAUAUGUUCAAGUCAUUUUGUUUAAAAGAUAAUAUAUUGCAUUUUUUGUAAUUACUUGUCGACAGGGCCGUCGGAUAUUUCCAAAAGAAAAUCUUUACACAAGCUUUACUGUUUGAAUUGUUAAGGUGUAGAAAACUUUGUCUAAUGUUGAGUUCUUGGUUUUUAUUACUAGGUAGGUUACCUUCCAUUGUUUAUAGAAAUACAGAUAAAGGAAAUGUAAAAAAAAAAAAACAAAAAAAACAAAAAAAAAAGGAAAAAAAAAAUCUGUGAAUCUUUUUUGCAAUUGUACCGAAAGUGGCUUACUAUUGGAGUCUGAUAGCUUUUUUCUAGUGACUAGGCGCGUACUGUGGGGUAGCGCGUGAUGUGAUGUGUAAGUGACAAGUUGGCAGUGUCGUUCACUGUAUAGAUGUCAAUGCUGUGCUAUUUAAAACAAAUCUGUAGAGCUAAACUAGGUGGUGUAAACAAGGUCAAUUGUCUUUGUGCGUACUGGCAUCUGUGAUAUCCUCCGCUUCCUUGGUGUUAGUUACAAAUCAUAUUGUCAUUGAGAGUUUACCGCAUUUUGAGCCACGUGAGACAGAAUUGGGUGAAAUGGCAUUAGUGAACUUUAACUCAGAAGACUCUUACGUGAAGCCCAAAGUGAUGCUGUCUUUGAGGAAUCGGAAUAGUGCUUGCACCUGGUGCUGGAUGCCCUUUAAAUACAUCUUCUGUAACCUGAAAGUCAAUGACUUUAUUGUCGGGAGGAAUACUUCAUCAUCGUAUUCAUUUUGACCACUGAAUUAGAUCGCAGAAAUAGAAAUUCGUAACCCUUCAAAUUUCACUUUUGACAGACUGAAUGAAAUGUGAAGUUAGCAGUUUUAUAGUUUACCUGUGGAUGUGUUUUACUGUUUGUUUUUUUUUUUCCCAAAUGUUGUCGAGAAACUUCACAGUUUCAUAAGAUUGCAUCAUUUAACCCAAGGGUAACCGCCAAAUGGUGCAGCGUCACUCGUGUAAAUUUAUCGACUGGUCUUCGGAUUUUCAGAUUAAAAGCGGUAGGGUUUGUAUGCACUAAGCUCCUGCUUGUUUUGCUCAGGACAAAACAGGUCACUCUAGAAAUGAGCAAACCGUUUUAGAGGAGAAGAAGGGAGGCAGGGAUGGCAGCUCUGCUCAUUUUUUGUUUCCUUUUUUUUAUAUAUAUAUAUAUAAUCAGCAUGUCAUAAAGGGCUUCAAUCCACACUCAGAAUAAACGGCACAGCACCAACACGUAGAAUUGCAAUCAACAGCAGCUGCCAGCAGCGCUCCCUCCUGUGCCAAGUGUCACGUCGCUCUCCUGGUCCUCUGACAGGAAUUUAACAGUGAAGGAGUUUCACGCCCCAAGGUGAAAGUAGUCGUGUGAUGACUUUAACAGAAUGCACUUCAUCCAGAUCUCACCCUCCUGCUCCUGCUGGUCAGAAUGUCUUAAAAGUGUCGGCGAGGUUUUAAUCUACAGUCGCUCUCAGAGCUCCAUACCAGAGACCCGGGUGCUGGUUAUACUGUCUGUGCGCAAGUUUGUUCACUUCAACAUGCUUAGCUAUCUACAUUGACUGGUUAACUGUGGGAAAAAAAUAUAUAUCUGACUCUUGACAUAGCCCAGUAUUGAUGUUGGCGUCCUUAUUGCUGUGGCAGUCUUGUGGAGUGAAUCUUUUUUCGUGUCAAGUGUCUUUAAAGGUGUUCGAGCGGCACCGUCGACCAAUCUCUCGAUCUCCGCUAGAGAUGACGAGUCUCUCCUUUCUCACACAUACAGGUGUAUAAUAUGUAGCUACAGUAGGUAUUAAUGACCAUUGUGAAAAAGUGACCCUUAAUAUGCAACUCAGUGGAAAGGUGUGAAAGAGUAGAUGUAAGAGUAAUCAAUAUUGUCAAAGUGACUAUGGUCUGUUAUUUAAUAAUUCUUGCUGUUUUGUAGUUUUCUUUUGUAAAACGUGUUUUGUUUUGUUUUUUAUGUUGCCCCUCGGAUUUUUCUACCCCUACAUGGAUGAAGCAAUUGGCCCUUGUUUGUCGUGGCUAACGUAAUAAAACUGUAAUGGUGUGCGGUGUUUGUAAAGUAAUCAUGGGACAGUUGCACUCAAGCCUUACUCACUAAUUACUCUGGUCCUAAAUUAUCUGAAUUACUGGAUCUGUAAAUUGGACUCGGACAUCUGCACUGAGUGAAAUAGAAGCUGUAGUAGAUUCUGUCACAAGGGCCACUUGCAAUAUUUAUUUUUUUCUUUGGUACGCGUGUGUGUGGGUGUGUGCGUGUGUGUGUUUUGUACGUUUUGAGGUUCCUCUGCUGCUACACCAGUCGUUAAUGCUCGUCGUUUGCUGCAGCAUCAUCCACUGCAUUUCUGUUCACGUUGCGUGUCGAGCGUGUAUUUGAAAUUGAUCUUAACACUGUAAUUUGUUCUGCAGAUUUUUAAUUCCUUAUGGCUAUUUUUUUCUUGUUUGUUUUUUUUUGUGUGUUUGUUUGUUUUUUUUACAAGCAACAUGUUAGAGAGGAUAAAUAACAGCACUUGUGUGACAGUUGAAUUUAAUAGCUCUCAAGACGUUGGCUUUUUUUUCAUGAUAUUAUGCUUUGUAAACAGUCGACUGUGCAGGUUUUUUUUCCUCUUACUCCAUGGAGUGGGUGUGCGUUUCAAAGGUAUAAAAAUCUGACUAAAGCGAGUAAUACAAAGUUAAUAAUCUGUUUUGUUAUUUUUCUGUAUGGGUUGUAAUAAAAUAUUGCAGUACUUUGUAUGAAAACAGACAAUAGUUAAUUGUAACUAUUUAUAAAUUAAAUUAUUGUACUUUUUGCAAUCUGUAGAUAAGUACUAUGUAUUCAUAUAUACAGUAACAACUGUGGAUUUAAACGUGAUUCUCUGAGGUGUCUAAGUUAUUGAUGUAUAUAUUGUAUGUUUGUUGAUACAGCUUACUUUAUUUUCUAUAAGACCAAUAAAAAUGUUUUGAAAAAGCAUUUUAAGCACUACUACUCUGUCUUUGGAGACUUUUAAACACUGUUGAAAUUGGGUUUUGUCAUAUUCUGUGGCGUCAUUGACCCAGUUUGAUACUUGUAAAAAUAAACUGGCGGGGAAG